ACGAUUCCUCCAUCUUUCUUGUGCCCACAAGCUUCCUCCUCCAUUUUUUUUAUCUGCUUUUUCCCCCUCGGCUGUUCCUACUCAGGCUGGGCAGCAGAGCUAGCAGUGGUCCCUGGUGCUUCAGGCGACCGGCCAUGGUGGAGCUGGAGCCUAGUGUGAAGUCGGAGCAUGGUGGAGGAGUCGGCCUGGUCCUGCCUCCUGGCUUCAGGUUCCAUCCCACAGACGAAGAGGUCAUCACCAGCUACCUCCUGCACAAGUUCCUGAACCCUAGCUUCGCGCCGCACGCCAUCGGGGAGGUGGACCUCAACAAGUGCGAGCCAUGGGAUCUCCCAAGCAAGGCGAAGAUGGGGGAGAAUUCCAAGGAGUGGUACUUCUUCUGCCACAAGGACAUGAAAUACCCCACGGGCACGCGCGCGAACCGCGCCACCAAGGAGGGCUACUGGAAGGCCACAGGCAAGGACAGGGAGAUCUUCAAGCCAGCUGCAGGGCGUGACCGUGACCGCGAGCUAGUGGGGAUGAGGAAGACGCUGGUGUUCUACAUGGGCAGGGCUCCGCGCGGCACCAAGACCAACUGGGUGAUGCACGAGUUCCGCCUCGAGGGCAAGUCCAGGCACACCUGCAACGACCUACGCUUCAAUCCCAAGGAUGAAUGGGUCGUGUGCAAGGUGCACCACAAAGGGGCCGAAGAGGCCAGCGCCGCCAAGAAGUCCGCCGGCGGGGGCGGCGAGGAGCACUACUACUCCACCGCAACGCCCAACGUCAGCUCCGUCGAAGGCGGCGACGAGUUCCUCGUCGACUCCCUGCUGGAUUACUCCAGCUACUUCAACUGCUUCGCAACCGGUGGCUUGCCUCUGCCCAGCACGACGGCCAACUCAGCCGCAGCACCUGCAACGAACGACGACGACUCCUCCUGGAGCAUGCUUCGUCACGCGCCGGCAGACCAGCAAGCAAUGGUGGGGAGCUACAGCUUGCACCACCAGGCAAUGAAGGCGAAAACUGUAGGCGGCGUCACCUCCCCGAGUUUCUCCGCUGGUUUGCCGAGCUCGCCGGUGGCGGACUACGUGGGAAACGAUGCUUCUGGCUACCAUACAAACAACUAUUAAUUAACGAUGGAUGAUGAGCCGCUGCCGAAAAUAUAGUGAUCCAAUAGGUGGUGUUAGGCUAUUCACACUUACUGUACAGUUUUAAAACAAUGUCACAUCAAAUUUUGUUUAUGGAACCGUGUACACUGAGUUUCAACUA